GAAAGAAGAAGAAGAACUGCGCGUGAGGUCUGGCAACCCCGAUGACGACAUACACCACGUCAACUUCAACUGACUGCAACUGUUUAAAAAACCCACACACCUCUCCCUUUCUUUACACAAACUCUGAUUCUUUCAAAACUGGAAACCAUGUAAUCGUUCACAGAUAACACGGUGAGUGUGAAUGCACUACCAGCACGAUCACGCGAGGUGUAGUUUAAGCGUUAACGGCUCUUUUGUUUCUGAAUGUCGCGCGCUACUAGCUCGCCCACGUUAGCCUAGCUUCCUUGCUUCAGCCUCGGAGAAUUGACAUUUUUUCAGCCAACUAUCACAGCUUACCUUAUUAUCCACUUGCCAGAACUAGGAUAAUGUUCUUAAGUCAAUCAUGACCUCAUUGUCAUCACCAUCAUCAUCAUCAUCUCAGUUAACGGGGUCAAGCUCUUCAUGCAGGACUCUUCCAGGGGAAGGGACUCAGGUCCACCCCAGAGCUCCGCUACUGCAGAUCUUGAGAGUAGCAGGUGCUCGGGAGGAGUUGUUUACCCUGAAGGAGGUCAUGCACUAUCUGGGUCAGUACAUCAUGAUGAAGCAGCUGUAUGACAAACAGAGACAGCACAUCGUCCACUGUCAAGAUGACCCACUCGGAGAGCUACUGGAAGUGGGGAGCUUUUCCGUUAAGAACCCCAGUCCUGUGUAUGAGAUGUUGAAGAGGAAUUUGUUUAUUUUGAACAAUUCGGAUGCAGCAAAGAAUCUUUCAGUCGGCAAGGAUUCUAAUGAGUCUCCAAGUGAAGAUCCUGGUCAGGUUUCCAGUGGUUCGAUUAGCUCUGGACAAGCUCUCAUUACUGGUAGUUCCAGCACUGGUGCAACGCAGAGCUGCUCACAACGCAGGCCACGUGAUCCUGAUGAAGACUCCUCAGACGGCUUGCCCACGUCUGCUUGCAAACGGCCAAAGCUGGAUGUUACUCUGGAAGAGUGGGACCUUUCUGGGUUGCCCUGGUGGUUUCUGGGUAACCUGCGAAGUAAUUACACUCGCCGGAGCAAUGGUUCAACGGAUAUUCACACCAAUCAACUCUCUCCUGGACAGGACGAGGAUACGGCCAUCGUUUCUGACACCACAGAUGAUCUUUGGUUCCUGAAUGAGGCAGAGAGCGAGCAAGUGAGUGUGGAGAUGGAGGCAGUGCUGGAGCAGGGAAGUGACGCGGAGUCUCCACAUGAAGAAGAGGAGACUGGGAAAGAUAGUAAAGAUAACAAGAAGAUGCAAGAAGAUCAGGAUGAUGACUCUCAGUGUUUAAGUGAUGACACUGAUACUGAGAUCUCCACACAGGAUGCGUGGCAGUGUUCAGAGUGCCGCAAAUUUAACACCCCUCUUCAACGGUACUGUAUGCGCUGUUGGGCUCUGCGGAAAGACUGGUACAAGGAUUGUCCUCGUCUUGUACACUCCAUCUCUGUGCCAGACAUCCCCGCCUGCAGUUCACGUCCUGAGAGGGAUGAAGAUGAGGAGGAUGAUGAUGGAAUCGACAUGCCUGACUGCCUUAGGACUGUGUCUGACCCAGUCGUCCUCCCCUCGCACCACGUCUCUAGAAACAUCCCCCCAUCAUCCGCUUCCUCGUCUAAAGGAAAGGGUCCUUCCCAGCUUCACCACCACUUACAGGAGAGCUCAGAGGGAGACAGCCAGGACAUGCUGGACAUGGAGACGGAAUGCCAACCGGAGGCCAUAAUGGAACCCUGCAAGCUGUGCCGAGUGCGGCCCCGAAACGGCAACAUCAUCCACGGCCGCACAGCUCACUUGAUCACCUGUUUCCCCUGUGCCCGCAAGCUGCACAAAUUUCAUGCUCUUUGCCCAGGCUGUGGCCAGGUUAUACAGAAGGUCAUUAAAACCUUCAUAGCAUGACCAAAGCAUCUUAAAGGCACGCAUGAAUUAUAAAUGCACACUCAUAUACUAAUUUUAAAAAUGUUUCCUUGUACAUAUACAGAAGGCGGCAGGAAAAUUGACAAACCAUUUCUGGGCUAAAAUGAAAGCACAGUGUAUCAGUGUAAUAGUACAGUGUAUCUAUGAUUUAUAUUGUAUUACAAAUCAAGUAUAAAUAAUGUACAGAAUGUAAUUUAAAGAACGUGGGCUCGUAUUGAUGGUUUGCCAUGGUUUUGUUAGCAUAACAAAUGUCUUUGCCUCGACUUUCUGUCAGGUGAAGGAGAGGGUUAACCGCCAUGAUUUUCUACUGAUAGUGGAAAGGUAUAAAUCAUGGGUCAAAAAUAAUAUUUGACCCAGAAGAAUUGCAUGGCUUCAGUAUUUGUGCCUGAAGUUACAAUUAAAAUCCUAACCUUUACUACUUUAAACGGACCAGACAGUUUGCUUUUAAGCGCAUUUAAAAGGCCUUUCAUUAUACUUGACCAACGUUGGUUUUACUUUAUUUUAGAAAAAUAGACUAUAAUUUUUCUUUUUCCCCCUUGCAUAUUUCAUGCACUUAAAGACUAAAGCUCUAGGAAUCACUCCAACGUGAUGUUUAGUACGCCUGGUGAAGGGUUUUUCUUUGGACAGGUGCUUUAAGCGGAUUACAUGGGAAUAUUUAUUUAUUUAUAAACUUUAGUUUUGGUAGAUGACAUCUAAUGGGAUGAACAGUCACAUGUCAUUCCUGUGCUAUAGUGAGAGAACCAAUUGUAUUACAGAUGGUAAAGUAUUUUA